GUCACCAAGGCAACGUGCAGUUCUGUGCUGUUCAGAUUUCUUAACUGGUUUUUUACUUUUAAGCUACAAUGUUUUUAUUUCCGUUGUAUUUAUAUCCGUUGUAAACUAUAAUGUUUUUAUUUCCGUUACCUGUUUAAAACGUAUACUUGCGAGUGUGCUCAGGGUGCGCUUAAUGUUAAUCGUUAGACGGGUGGCGACUUCAAUGAGAAAAUAAAGCCUUUCAUCACUUCCCGCCCCUUCGAAUGAUUUCGAUAGUCUUUUUAAGCGCUCCAGAUGUGUUGUGCCGCCUACUUACCACCAGCCGAUUGGUUGAAUGCUCAGAGAGGGCUUGUUUGAAUCUGAUGCUGUUGUGUUGUCGAGGCUGCGCUGUGCUGCGCUUUUUCCUGUUGACUUCAUUUUUCUAUACUUCUCUACUGGAUUUGGUACAUUUAACGCUGCGGGAGUGUGUACAUUAAUUCCAAUAGAUGUUACAAAAUAGAAUGUAAUCAACUAAUGGGGCUGGUUUAAAAAAAAUCCCCCUCGAACGUGAAGCUAAUGUGCUAGUAAACAGUAGCAGCAGACGGUUUCAGUUUGGUUUUACUUUGAAUUUCCAAUUUCUAACGACAAAUUCAAGAAGCAAGGACAACGAAGCGGCUCCCUGACGCGCCAUGCACCAUGACACGUCGUCCAGCCGGAGGAAAGGCGCCACGCCGAGACAUCGUCCGCCUCAGCCGCCGCCCCAGCCGGGCCCUUCCACGUCACGCUCACCGAGGCCUGGGAGGCCGCCGGCGUCUCCGAGGAAGCGAAGGUUUCGUCCGGGGACGAAGGCCCUGAUGGAGAUCCGGAAGUAUCAGAAGAGCACCGACCUUCUGCUUAGGAAGUUGCCGUUCUCCCGCCUGGUGCGUGAGGUGUGUCAGAACUUCAGCGGAGGUUCCCUCAGGUGGCAGGUGUUCGCUCUGCUGGCCCUGCAGGAGGCGGCAGAGGCCUUCCUGGUCAUGUUGUUCUCCGAUGCCAACCUGUGCGCCAUCCACGCCAAACGGGUCACAUUGUUCCCCCGUGACGUGCAGCUGGCCCGGCGGAUCCGAGGAGCGGAACAUCUCUGAGUUUUAAGUUUGUGGAAAGAAAUAAAACUCUUGUCGUCAAGGUGACGUGUCUGUUUUUACACUCGUGACUCCGCCGGCUUCCUCCAAUCAGGGUGCGGCCUGACGAGCAGUUGAGGACCUGUUGUCCCACAGCGACCUUGGCUGAGGCUCAGGGGGCGUGUCUCGCAAACA